GUUAACACGAACACCCAAUUAAUGCCAGUUUCCGAGAUCGACGAAGCACUUAUCUAGCUCCUCGGACCAGACGACUCCGGGUUUUGUCCAUCUUGAUCAUGAAAGGCAUUGCGAUACCCGUAAAAUCCUCGGUUGAAAUAACAAUGGGCUUCAGCGGCACUGCUUGCAGCUUAUCAAAGUAUCAUUGCGACAUUAACAUGUUCCUUUUCUAUUCCAUAGGACUUUUGACACCUGGUGAGGUGUAAAGUACCAUGCUCGUUUUGUCGCGUUUAUUUGUCUACCGGUAAAUGACCUGUUGUCGCGAUGUGCUUUGAUUGUGCCACACAAGAUCCUUCAAAGCGUCAUCGUUCUUACCACCCACAUUUGAUAGGCAGAUGCAGCAAAACAAUCCUACUUGUGGCAUUGUUCGGUCGGUGUGGUUGCGCUAUGGGUGUUCUAAGAUAAUCACAAAAUGUACACCGAUCCCUCGCUCAUCAACAGCAUUCUCUAUCUUGUCCUCAUACCGGUCAUCACCAUGUUAACUGGCGAUCGCUUCUGUCUUGGCCCAAAGGUCACUCUGAAGUUGACUACUCUUUCAUCUUCAUCAGAACCACAACUAGUAUACUCGGGGUCAUGUACAUCUGGACCACCAUAUCCUCAGGAUGCGGUCCCUGUCAAAAUCGACAUCUUCUCUUGCGAAGGACAACACACAGAGCGCCUCCAGGACUCCAGCUAUUUUGGAAAUUCUGCCUCAGCACUUCGCCCACGAGAGAAAUUGGCAAGCCUUACAAACGCACUUCAAACGCCCCAGGCUGGUUCUCAUGCACUUGACAUUAUGCCUCUGCCCAUUGCUGUCCCUCCCGUGAAGUCACAGUCUGGUAUCUCAGAAGAUAUUAACCUGGCGAAUAUCUCUUGUGGACUUCAACAUCCUUCUGACUGCAAGCCGAUCGACCCUUCUCCAGUUCCUGCUCGGGCUUUGAUGCCAUCCGUUCGAGGCUCCUUUCGUAAGUUAUGCAUGCUGCAAGAGGGAGGCUUUGCCACAGCUUGGGCAGCUGAAGACAUUUCAUCGGGACGUUUGCUGUGUCUAAAGGUUUUUCGAAAAAAACGUCUAAAGCACAACCGUACAGAAGAGGGCCUUUUGAACGAGCUGGAUGUAUACAAGCACAUUUCGUCUGAGCAGGAGACUUUCCCCGCAGGAAAAAUGUUCCUGAUGGAACUAGAAAUGUCUUUUCAAACAAGGCGUGACAUCUGUUUCGCCAUGGAAUUGAUGGCAAAUGAUUUACUUUAUUAUAUGACUCGCGAAUCGGCGUAUUGCAGCGCGAAUGCUCGAAGGUGGAGUGCGCAGAUGGCUCUUGGGAUCAAUGCUCUUCACUGCAUGGGCAUCAUCCAUCGAGACAUCAAAGCCGAAAAUAUCUUAAUCGACAUACGAGAGAACGUGCGAAUUGCUGAUUUCGGCCUCUGUUAUAUGCACGAAAAACCCUUGGAUCGACAGUGGCGUUACUCGUCGGACGUGACGGGAACCACCCAGUGUAUGGCACCCGAAAUGUUGCACAACAGGAAAAAUCCACGUCCUACAAAAUAUGGAAUCACCGUAGAUUGGUGGUCUUUUGGAUGCGUUCUUUACGAGCUUGUCUGUCCUAACCAUCAGACACUCUUUGCCACGGAGAAGGCCACAGUUGACUAUGUUACUUGGCAUCGCAAACUGUCUAACACAGUCAAGUUGUUCCCCGCAUUUGAACGACUUGAUUCAUCUGUCGCUGGUUCGGUUGCAGGGUUGCUCAGACCUUUGGCCCUGAUGCGGUAUGGGUUUGAAGACCUGACGAUGCACCCAUGGUUUGAGAACGAUGACAUGUCAGAAUUUCAUGACGCGCCCAAUCGUGCUCUUCGGCGUGCUGAAUGGCCACAUAUGCGACCAAACUUGCAGGGACAGACCAAAGCAGCGGUCAUCUUGACCCCUCUUACUGCUUGGCCCCGUGGUCGUCGGUCGAAACGCUUUCUAGAUGUGGAUUGGAUAAACCCCAAUAGUUCUGGAGUUGUUUCUUAGUAGUUUGUUUCAUUGCCGAGGUCGUCAUUCCGAGUUCUGCAUUCCACUAUUCCUCCAUUAAUUCUUGCUGCAAAUGAUUCCUAAAUGCACCUUGAGUGAUGUAGACGUCCCUGUCUUUUUGUUCUUUGCAUACACUUUGCAACCAAUGACCUAUACGUCUCUUCAGCCAUACGUUUCUGAAGUUCCCAAAGUUCUAUAUCAGUUCUUCGGGCUCAACCGC